AGUCGUAUCAAGUUCGCGCGCGGCCUAUCGAGCUUGUACGUGGCACGACAUUGGCGCGCAGGUGUUCGAGGCGUGCGCGCGUGGCUCUUCGUAAAAGAAAAAAACAUGUAUCGAAUCGGCUCGAAACUCUUUUGCUUCGUUUGCCUCAUCCUGGCGAGUAUCUUCUCGUCGAGCAGUCAAGAGGAUGCCCCGAAAUUCCAGUUGUACUUUCAAUCGCAGCACAACGACGGUAUCUACGUGAUCGACGACGUCGACGAGGCCACGCCCCAGAUCCGGCCCGUCAGCCACACCGUCGUACCGACGGAAAAGUGUCACGGCAAUCAGAGCCAGGGUCGCGCCAACAUCAUCGACUUCGAUCUCGAUCCGGCCAACGAUCGUCUCGUCUGGCUCUCCUGGAACGAGCGACUCUACAGCUCGAGUAUGCAGCUGCGGCUUGCCGACGAUCAACAGCAGGCCGAGGAGGAGACGGACGAGCUUCUGUUCUGGUACGAUUACUACGACUACGUGCAGUUCAGCUCGAGGCGCAUCGCCGUCGACCAGCUGAACGGCAUGAUCUAUCUGAUCGAUCGCUUCGUCAAUCCGACGGUCGAGGUGGUCGACACGUCGGGCAAGUAUCGCGCCGUCAUCCUGAGUCUGGGCAGUCACGGCAAGAUCAAGGACAGCGUGUUCGAGGGCAAGAUGCCGAUGGAGAUGAACUUCGCCGAGUACCAGGGCGUGCUGUUUCACCAGGAGUACCCGAUGAACAUCGCCCUGGAUCCCGAGCAGGGCGUCAUGUUCAUCAGGACGAACCUCAGCUGCGAGAGCAAAAUCUAUCGAGCCGACAUGGACGGAACGUCUUUGAAAGAAAUAAUUUCGUCGACCGGUAAAAUAUCCGCCGAGUGCACUCAGCUGGAGCUGGACCGGGCGAACAAGAGGAUCUACUGGAACGACUGCGAGGGGGGCAAGAUCGAGAGCUCGGAUUAUUCCGGCGAGGGACGAGUCACCGUCGUCGCCAAUGUACUCGGCGAUCUGGCUGGCUUGUCGAUUUACGACGAUCGAUUAUUUUUCAGCGACUUCUGUGGUGUCGUGCGCGCGUGCCAACUCGUCGACAAGGUUUGCCCGGAGGAUAAAAUUCGCGAACUGGCGAUCCCGACCGAGUCCGAGAUCGCUCCUGAAAAAAUCAGAGUAGCCGCCGUCGCGAGAUCGAACCGCAGCGUGAGCAACCCCUGCCAAUCCAACGAAUGCGAUCAUCUGUGCCUGCUCAAGUCCGACGGCGGCCACUCGUGCGCCUGCAAGCUCGGCCACCUGCUUGCCACGGACGGGCACACGUGCCAGCCGAUCCUCGCGUCGCUCGUCUACCUGGCCAACAAUUUCAUCCGGUCGAGCGCCCUGGAGCCGCGCCAGGAGUCGCGACAGAGGCAGCACCAGGACUACCCGUCGCAAUUCGUCACCGGCAUACUGGAGGGCGCGAGGCCGGCCUCGAUCGACUAUCAUCCCCAGGCGGAGAUGAUACUCUAUCAGGAGUGCUGCAUCGGCUCGAUGCCCAUCGAUCUCGACGCCAAUCUCAGGGGCUCGUGGUACACCGCCAGAGGCAUGCACGACUGCUUCCUGCAGAUGGUCUACGAUUCCAAGGCGCACAAGACGUACUUGACCAAAAUGAACGAUGACAAAUACAGCCUGAACGUGGCCGAGGUACCGGUCGCGUUCGAGCGCAACGCCGACCUGCAUCCGGUUCAUGUGCGCGACAUCGACAAGCCCCUGUCGAUGGCCCUGCACCCGGAGAGCGGCUCGCUCUUCCUGCUGACCGAGGCGCCGACGGCGGAUAGCAAAAAAUCGGUCCUGCGCAGAAUCGACACCAACGCCGUCGCCGCUACCAAUGGCGAGGAUCAAUUCGAAAUCAUCCUCAAGAACAACAUCACGGAAGAGUUGAACAUCCGAAGCCUGGCGGUUGAUUGCGAGGCGGACGGCCGACUCUACGCUUACACCGAGUCGGGUAUGAUUCUGCGCGCGGAUCUGUCGGGUCAGGGAGUCGAGAUUCUGGGGACCAAGUCGCCGGUGGAGAGGGUCGACGCCAUGCUCGUCGACGGCGACUGGAUCUACGUGAAAAAUCGCACGACCAUCUGGAGAAUGGACAAGGCCAGCGGCGAGAAGGUCGAGUGCGUCGUGCCCGAGCAAAAGGACGUCUUGCUGAGGUCGAACAUGAAGGUAAUAAGGAAGAAGAGCGACGAGCUGCAUUACGGCGACAAUUACAGCCUCCAGAACGCGGCUUGCAACGUGUUCUGCGCCUACAAGAAGCACCAGUCGGAGUCGGCGAACGAGGACGACGCCGCCCUCUGCACCUGCCUCAACGAGAACAACGACAUAGAGAACACGAAGUAAUGGCGCUGCGAAACGCGCGGACUAAUAUAUAAUGUAUAUAAUGAUGUAUUAUGUAAAAAUUACAAGAGAUUCGUGAAAUAAAUAAAUUAACAACGA